AUGCCGAAAGCACCGGUAUAUUUCUUCAGCCAUGGAGGACCGAAUGUCCAAUACGACACCGAACACCCCGCCUACUCUGUUCUCCAAGCCAUCGGCAAGGAGAUCACUCAGAAGGUCAAACCCAAGGCGCUUGUAGUAUUCUCGGCUCACUGGCAGGCCGAGCCCAACGAGAUCAACCUCAACAACGCCGAGGACACCGACCUUAUUUAUGACUUCUACGGCUUCCCACCAAAGUUCUAUGAAGCCACCUUCCCCAGCAAAGGCAGUCCCGCGCUGGCCUCACGGAUCCUCACCCUACUCUCCGACGCGGGAAUCCAGGCCAAGGGUCUGAAGCGUGGCCUCGAUCAUGGCGUCUUCUCGGGCUUCAACGUCGCCUUCAGCCCCGCAGAGAACCCGCUCACCGUCCCGCUGGUCCAGGUCUCGCUCUUCAACAACGAAGACCCGGACGCCCACUACCGCCUCGGACAGGCCGUCGCCUCGCUCCGAGACGAGAACAUCGUCAUCAUCGGCACCGGCAUGACGGUGCACAACCUCCGCGACUUCCGCAUUGCUCGUGGCCAAUCCACGCCUCUGCCCUACGUGGCGUCGUUCGACAACGCUCUGAAGGAGGCUGUCGAGGCGGAUCCAGGCGUUAGACAGGAGAGGAUGGCGGCCGUGUCCAAAAGGCCGGAUGCCAGGCAAGCACACCCAUGGAUGGAUCAUCUCAUGCCGGUGUAUGUGGCGGCCGGCGCGGCAGGAGAGGAUAAGGGAACGCAGACCUGGACGAUGCACGAGGCAUGCAUGGCGUGGGCGCAAUACCGAUUUGGGGACGUUCCUGCGUGA